CUUCUGCUGCUUGUGACUCGCCACUAAACGCUGGUGGGAAAGGCUGGUGCAAGCAUCCCUCUGCCGCACCCUCACCUGAGGGGGCUCCCCAGAGAGAGGGAGGCCUUGGGGCAGGUUUCCAGCAGGCGGGCAGAACCAGAACAGGUCUGUGAAUUGGCAAGGCAGACGGUGUAACCACACACCGUCCUGUUUCAACAGGGGUAGAGACUGUGAGCACCUCCCAGGCCAGGUGCGAAGAGGUCCCAGCAUCCCCCUCCCAGAGGAGCUCAAGGCAGCAGGAACCAUCCAGAGAAGCCAGAAGAAGUUCAACGGAAUGAACUGAGAACCAUGGAUGACCAUUGCAGCUCCCAUUAACUAAAUUAACCAGCAUCUUGCCUGGCCUGCAGAGGCAACUCCAUCCCACUCAUGAUGGGAAAUACGUCCAAUGCCUCAGUGUUCACCUCCACUUUAUCGGAGAGGGAAGACCUGAUUUUUGGCACGCUCUAUUUAGUCUUUGGCAUCGUGUCCCUCUCUGGGAACUCGCUGCUCCUUCUGGUGGCCUAUCAGAAGAGGUCCAUGCUGAAGCCUGCCGAGUUCUUCAUUGUCAACCUGGCCAUCAGUGACCUGAGCAUGACAGGCUGGGUUUACCUGCAGGCUUCCCCUUGCAGGUGGCUCUUCAACCAGGCGGUGUGCACCCUCUACGCCUUCUGUGGGGUCUUGUUCGGGCUGUGCAGCCUCACCAGCCUGACGGUGCUCAGCACGGUUUGCUGCCUGAAGGUCUGUUACCCAGCAUAUGGCAACAAGUUCUCACCCUGCCACGCCGGAGUGCUGCUGCUGUGCGUCUGGGCGUACGCCCUGAUGUUUGCCACGGCCCCCUUGGCCGACUGGGGCAGCUACGGCCCCGAGCCCUACGGGACAGCCUGCUGCAUCACGUGGAAAGCCUCCAGCAGGGAGGCCACGCUCUACAUCCUUGCCCUCUUCAUCUUCUGCUACCUUCUCCCCUGCCUCCUCAUCCUCGUCUCCUACUCGCUGAUCCUCUGGACGGUGCGGGUGUCCCGGAGAGCCGUCAGGCAGCACACAUCCCCCCAGCGCAGAGCCCGCAGCGUGCACAGCCUGGUCGUGAAGCUGAGCAUUGCCGUGUGCCUGGGGUUUCUGGCCGCCUGGACCCCUUACGCCGUCGUUGCCCUGUGGGCAGUCCUCGGCGAUGCCAGCCAGGUGCCAGCGCUGGCCUUCGUGCUGUCGGCUGUCUUUGCCAAGUCCUCGACGCUCUACAACCCCCUGGUGUACCUGCUCUUCAAGCCAAACUUCCAGAAGUUCCUUUCCAAGGACAUGGUGCUCCUCCAGGCCAUCCGCACCCUCCUCUGCUGCGGCUGCCCGAGCGCCGUGCUCCAGCCCUUCCCGUCCCCGGGCUUCAGUGACCACCCUGGGGCUUGCAGAAACUGCAACGACACUUUUGAGUGUUUCAGUAACUACCCCAAGUGCCACAAACUGCCCCGGCCGCCCCAUGGCUCGCCCCGGCGUGCUCCCCUGGCUAUCCUGGCCGAUGGAGCUGCUUGCCAGCCGGGGCUGAAGAGGACAGUGCAGGUGAUGGUGCUUGUCACACAGAAGAGGUCAGGCCUGGGCACUGUGAACGUGGCAGGGGAAGCCCUGCCAUCAGAGAUCGUGAAAGACCUUCUCUGAGCCCGGCUGUGCCCGGCUGUGUCCUACCAGCAUGCUGGAAGACAAACCCAAACGCAAGAUUUCUCUCACCUACGUAUCUGAUGGGUCCCCAGCAUGUUCUCCAGAUGAAGCGACACGAAACUUUAAGACCAACCUUGCCUUCCCCUCUGGUUUGGCUCUUGCAACUCUGAGCCUAGCACUUGCAAAAAAAACCCUCCAGACCCCAGUGCCUGAAAUCUGCCCAGAGUGCAAGUCCAGGGUGCAGUUGCUCCUGCAGCUUGCUCUCUGAGCCCUUGGCCUUUGUUUUUCCAUCCUGGUGCUCUGAUGACCAAGUAGGAACUUGGUUGUCUUAAGAAACUGUGCCUGGCAGGGAGGGCUGGGGGCAAGAGACCCCGAGAGGCGCCCUGGCUCCAGCACCACCUCCCACAGCCCCCGCUGACCACGUCCUUUCCCGUCGGGGAGCAGGACCACGCCACUCAGCUACCUCACUUGGGAUUAUGAAGGAUCUUUAUAUACCUCUCAAGAGACCACUCUCUGUGCAGGCUGGGUUGCCCCACUCCCUCAAUUUAAAUGCAAACCCACCACCAUCCUAUAGAUCGAGAUGGGAGCUUGUCUUUAGAGUAAGGAUUUGGGGUUAAAAUAAUCCCGGUGUGAGUAAUAGCAGUCCCAGGUCAUGCUCUCCAGGCAGGGAAUGGUGAAUCUGUGGCCAAGCACCAUCCUGGAGGCAGGGCUGUGGCCGUAGGGUGUCUCCCGGCGGCCGGGACGCCGGGCAGCUCAUGCCAUCUGCACGGCUGCGCAGGGGAGCAGCUGCCGGGGCGAGAGCAUCCCGCGGGCUCGUAGUCGGCAAUUGGAGAUCAGUGCAGGCAGUGCACCCAGGGGAAGAGUCUGGGACAAAAAGGACUGAGAAGCUGUGAAAGGGCCCGAUGCAAAGCCAUCAGUAGGAAAGUCCCCGUGUGAUCCGCAUCCAGAUGCAGGGCAGGCUUGCAGAUCUCUCCCUCCAGUAGCACGCUGGCAGCCCAGUGGUGAAGCUCCCCAUCCCAGCACUGAGCCGCUCGGGUGCCCAGCCUCGGGCAUGGCAGGAGCUGGUUUUGCUUUGCAGGGGGUGAAUAACACAGCCAGGGUGCUGAGAGAGGUUGGUUAUGCCCCAAAAAAUGAAAAGAUGCGUUCAAGGUGAUGAGAAGAGUCAGUAGCAGAGGUGGGAAACAGCACCCAGCGGCCAGUUACUUGUGGGAGCCCUUUACCUUGUCACUGGUUAAUGAACAAAACCACGCCACAACCCAUUGCCAGAGCUGCAGCAUUAAAUCAUGGAUGUGCUAAAUGGGAAUAGCGAAUGCUUUUCUGCAGCGAGUGCUGGGAAAGAGCCGCUGCCCCCAGUGCCGUCGCUGGCUGUGCUCGCCAGCUCUGCCCGCCGCCGCCUGCCUGCGAGCGACCCCGAGCCCUCCCUCCUCCCUCCACUCUCCAAAUACAGAUAUCGCUAUUUUUAGCAGUCGCUCCCAGAACCGGGAUGUAUCGCUGCCUUUUCUUAGCACAGACAGAGCAGCCUCCUCUCUUCCGAGGACACACGGCACAAGGGACCCGCCAGCUGCAGGGGGGUGCAGGAACACAGGGGGCCGGUGUGCUCCCGGGCGAGCGGGCGCAGAUGCCCACCACUGGCCAUUCUAAGCAACCCGGGCAUUGAAACCAGGAGCUGGGCUUUUCAGCCUCGCUGUUACGGCCCCAUUCCAGUGUAGGUGGCAGCGGGGCCGGUGCGAGCUCUGCGGUGGGAAGGCGGCUGCUGCCUGCGUGCAGAGGCACCCGGCGAAGCGGCGAAGGGUGGGUGGGUGCUGUCCCUGCUCUCUGUGCGUGCCAGCAUCACCGGCUGCCGCUGCAUGGCUCUCAUUAGCGCACAACAGCAUGGCAGUCGUGGCACUUGCUUUUGUCCCUUGGUCAUUUCCACUUAGCCACUUUAAUUAGCAGUUUCCCUGUGACAGGAACAGGGCACCAAUACCUCUGGGGUGCACUUGCAUCCUCACGGGAUGUUUUUGCCCAUGUAUGAUACCUGCAGUGAAGACGGUUGGGACAGGGCAGGGUUUUAUGCACAAGAGCCAAGGAAUAACUGAAAAGCCACGCAGGGAGCGACCCUCCUGCCUUUGCUUCCUACUCCUGCUAUGCAAAAAACCCCCACUCGACCCAAAGAUGCGCAAUAUUUGCGAAAUGCUGCAAGCAGACAAAGAAAAAUCAGGGCAGCCCGUGAAGAGAGAGGGCAAAUUUUCCAACGCAGGUGCAGGUUUCUAGGAGGGCCGCUCAACGCCUGGCCCGGGGCACAGUGGCUCAGCCCCUUCCCACCCCGCAGCUCGGGGCGCCGCUCCCUGUGCCCCAUCCCAGGCACCCCAACACAUGAGGGAAUCACAAGCACUCAGUGU